UGAGGGGGGCAGUGGGAUGGUCAGCACUUUUUUUUUUUUCCAGUGCCCCCUAUUGGGGGCGCCAGUAGGUCUCCAAUUAAAGCUAUUGUGAAGAGCACAUUUCAUUUCCGACCCCUAGCUUGGCUUUCAUGAAACUAGACUCCCGGGGCUCAUAAAUAAAAGAUCCCCUGUGCGGUGGCGGCUGAUCACCGGAGCUCUUUCAGCUGUAUAAGUGGUGAAAGGCGACAUAAUCUGCCCACAUUAAGAUCUGGACUGAGAUUGAGAAACGCACACAGAGAGGGGCCUGGAGAGAGACGCUCAUCUCUGGAGGAACCGCAUAAGUCUCCUGGAGGCAGCAUGAUGAACCCGCAGCAGCAAGGCGAGCCCCUCCUGCACGACCCUCCUCCGGUCUUCGGGAAGCCCUGGUUCUGGCAGCGCAGCAGCAGCACCAUGGAGAGCAGCCGCAGCCUGGCGCAGGUCAUCAUGGAGAUGCGCGACGAAAUCAAGAAGCUGGAGGCGGAAAACAGAGAGCUGCGUGGGGACUGUGGUGGUCAGCGUGCAGGGACGGCGGGAGAAACCAGCGCUGGAACUGAGCAACCCGCGAUACUGGAAAACCCCUACGGGAACUUGAGACGGAAUGCGUCUGCGCCAGUCCUGGAGGGACAGUACAAAGAAAACACUGCCAUGACUGUGCGAAGGUACUCUACGAGCUCCAACCUCUCCGGGUUGACAGUGAGAGAGGGAAGGGUCGACAAGAACAGGCAGAGCAACUCAGGAUGGGACAGACUUCACGAAGAAAUCCGGCAUGACAGCGACGUGUUUGGAGAAGCAGAGAAAGCCAACAACCGCCACUCAUUGCAGGAGUACGUCCAUAAAAACAGGGCCAAGGUAAAAACCGUAACCUUCCUGCUGCCCGUUGACGACAUUUACACCAGUCGACCUGUUCUGACCAAACACCAAGAGGAGCCCAAAAUCACCGGUCUGGCUUCCAUAGCCGAGACCGAGUCCUGAGAAAAAAAGCAAACAAACAUUUUUUAAAAGACUUUGGACAUAUUAAUGAAACAGGUUGAAGAUAUAAACUGGAACUUUUCAUCCUCAUCUGAGUUUUUUUCUUUUCUUCUUCUUCCCUUCCUAACUAGGUCAAUUUAGAUUGAGUAAGCAAGCAGACCGAUUUUUUAUCACACCUGACCAACAAACUGGAGUCUCUGAUUACAGGUGUUCUUUUCAUUUGGCCGUGGCAAUCUAUGCCUGGUCAACAGGGAUGAGACGCGGGGGCCUCUCUCUGAACGGAGGAUCGGGUGUCCGGACUCCUCUCCCGGCCCGGGCUGUGGUUUCAGGGUGACACAUGUGGCAGCCGCCUUUUCAGACUCAGCCGUGGUCGCUGACUCAGUGCGUGCGAGCCACGUCACUGUCAUCAUUUAUUCAUCUUCUUGUUCUCUUAACAAGGCGCACUGAAAUGCAUAUCCACAACCCCGAGUCAAACUGGAGGAUUUGUAUUUGUAACCCGUGUAAAAAAAAAAAUAAAAAAAUAAAAAAAAAGGGAAUUAAAGGCAUCACCGACGACAUGUGUCCGUAUUCAGGUUUAUUUAGCAACAAUACCCGAUGACUCACAACCACACAUUCUCCUCGUUAAAAU